AUGGAUGUUGCAGAAGCUACCCUUGAACUACAUUCAAACUAUAGCACAGCAAUGGAUACCAAACGCGAAAAAAGCAAAGAGAUAAAAGCGAUACAUGUGUUGACCGAAUGGAACUCUCAAGAGAGUGAUACAGACGAAGUGGACAACGAUGACAGCGAAUUGGUAACCGCUAAUUACGAACCUGAACUAUGUAAAGCUUUCUCACAAAUGGCCUUCGCUAAAACGGAACCUUCGUCAAAUGAAGAGGCCGGAAGCAAUGCUCUUCCAGAUGUAGGAUACGAAAAAAACAGUGAACAUGACUGCACAUUAGCGCAGAACGAUGCUGAUUCUGAAGAUGAUGAGCCACAUUCCAUUAAAAGCGAUAGUUCGAGUAAUUCUAGCGCUACGCUCGACUUAAGCAGCGACGACGAGGUCGAACCGAACCAACACCGUUCUACCGAUUGUGGGGGUGAUGAUGCGGAUUUAAAUUUAGAUCCGAAACACCAAAUAAUCAAAGUAAAAGUUGUUCCGAAGCAGCGUGAGCGCGACCCGGAAGCAUUCAAAAAUUGGCUCAAAGCUAAAAAUGAAGAAAUACGUAGAAAUCGUGAAAAAGAAAUGCUCGCUAAGGAGGAGCUCCAGCGACAGAAAGAACUGGAAGAAAAAAAACGCAAGGAAAUGAGUGAAAAAAAGAUUCAUGAAUGGAUGACGCGGAAGAAGCAAACCGGUAAGAAAAGAAGUUCAAACCCGGAAAGCAACAAAUGCCAUGAUUCCUCUUCGGAACAUCUGUACUGUGACCCGGAAGCUAAAUACAAGAACUGGCUCCAGAAAGUUAGGAAGAGCGAGGAAGAAAAAAGAUUGCGAGAUCUAACCGUAAAGCAACUGGAGCAACAGAUACGGAAGGAAAAGAAGCAAGUAGCGGAAGAAGUUUAUCAACAAUGGCUGAAAAGUGCCAAACAUAAACCGAAACCGGUACCACUAAAUCAGGGGCCUAAUACUUUGCGUGGCACUGUGUCGAAGAUUUUCGUCAAUCCCGAACCGUGGAAAAACAACUGCGAUUGA